CGCAUCACUGAGGUUGCACAAAUGGGAAGUGGUUUAUACCACUACUUUGGAGUAGCUGCAGGGCUUAUGGCAGAGGCCACAGGCGGAUUGCUUCCCAGCGGGUGUUCCACGCUGUCGCUCUCCAUAAACGUAGAUGGACUUCCAAUCUCACAAAGUUCUCGUAAGCAGUUCUGGCCAGUGCUUGUUCCGGUGAAAGAAAGCCGCGGUAAGAACCCUUUCGUGGCGGCAUUGCAUGAAGGUGAUGGGAAACCUGAAAACGUGGAACUCUUCAUGAAGGAUUUUGUUGAGGAACUGUCCGUAUUGUUGACCCAGGGCAUUCAUCUCAAUAGCAAAUUGUAUACAGUACAACUACAUUCAUUUAUCUGUGAUGCUCCAGCCAGGGCCUACCUCAAGUGCAUCAAGGGGCAGACUGCAUACUAUGGUUCUGAAAAGUGCAGUCAGAAGGGAAAACAUGAUGGAAAGAAAGUUACACUUCCGGAUAUUGAUGCUCCAUUAUGCACAGAUGAAGACUUCACCAACCAAGUGAAUGCAGACCAUCAUCAUGCUGUUUCACCACUUUCAGCACUAGGUGUAGGCCUUGUGAGUUGCUUUCCUCUGGACUACAUGCACUUGGUGUGCUUGGGCGUCAUGAAAAGAUUAAUUGUGCAAUACUGGACCUCACCCACACCUUCAGCAUCGAAGUUGCCCAAAAGGCAGUACUCAUUGUGUAGUGUGAAGGACAUCAAGUGCAAGUGCGUCUGUUUGCAGCAUCAACAGUGCUAUGCGGUUUUUCCACAAGUUCACCUGCAAGAAAUGUACUACAUCAUAAAUUUUCUUGGGAAGAAUGAUAUUUCGGCAGUUCCUGCCUGUUGGGUGCGGAAUGACCGUUGUGCAUGGCCACCCUACAGAGGUAAACAAAGGACAAAGGCCAUCAAGGACUUUGUACCGUUAGUUACUGCCGUUGAGUAG